ACACAGUCGCUGUCCUGUGGGCUGAGGAGCGACGGCAACUUCACUGCCAACAUGUCCGGCGACGAGCAAGAGCAGACCAUAGCUGAGGACCUGGUGGUCACCAAGUACAAGAUGGGGGGUGACAUCGCCAACCAGGCUGUGCGUCUGGUCGUGGGAGCAGCCACGCCCGGGGUGUCUGUUCUCAGCCUCUGUGAGAAGGGGGACGCGUACAUCAUGGCUGAGACCGGAAAGGUCUUCAAGAAGGAGAAGGAUAUGAAGAAAGGCAUUGCCUUUCCCACCAGCGUCUCAGUCAAUAACUGUGUUUGCCACUUCUCUCCCCUGAAGAGUGACUCUGAAUACACACUUAACGAUGGGGAUCUGGUCAAAAUAGAUCUGGGGGUUCAUGUCGAUGGCUUCAUUGCCAACGUAGCUCACAGCUUUGUUGUGGGAGCCAGUAAGGAGAACCCCAUCACAGGACGUAAAGCCGACGUAGUCAAAGCGGCUCAUCUCUGUGCAGAAGCAGCUCUGCGCCUUGUUAAACCUGGUAACAAGAACACUCAAGUGACAGAAGCCUGGAAUAAGAUUGCUCAGUCGUUCAAAUGCUCACCUAUUGAGGGUAUGCUGUCUCAUCAGCUGAAACAACAUGUCAUUGAUGGAGAGAAGACCAUAAUCCAAAAUCCUUCAGACCAGCAAAGGAAAGACCACGAGAAGGCGGAGUUUGAGGUACAUGAAGUUUUUGCUGUUGACGUUUUGAUCAGCACUGGAGAAGGGAAGGCCAGAGAUGGAGGUCUGAGGACCACCAUUUACAAGAGGGACCCCAGUAAGCAGUACGGCUUGAAGAUGAAAACCUCCCGAACGUUUUUCAGUGAAGUGGAACGACGCUUUGAUGCCAUGCCUUUCACUCUUCGGGCAUUUGAGGACGAGGCUAAAGCCCGUCUGGGUGUGAUGGAGUGUGUCAAACAUGAGUUGUUACAGCCCUUCAGUGUACUGCACGAGAAAGAAGGAGAGAUUGUAGCUCAGUUUAAAUUCACAGUGCUGCUCAUGGCCAACGGGCCUCACAGAAUCACCGACGGACCCUUCGAUCCAGAGUUAUACAAGUCAGAGCAUGAAGUUCAGGAUUCAGAGCUGAGGACUUUACUACAGAGCUCUGCAAGCCGUAGAACACAGAAGAAAAAGAAAAAGAAGGCUUCAAAGACAGCAGAAAAUGCAACUGGUCCACCAGCUGACACCGAAGCAGCAGGAUGAAUCGUACUAAUUAAACACUGCCUUUCCACACAUGCAACACCACACGGAGAAGCAAGAGAAGACACAACAAACUGCUCCACACUGUCUGUCAGUCAUUCCCCCUAGUGUUAAUAACACAAAUUAAACUGAGGAAUUCAUGAAAUAUGUUGGGUGACAAGUUAAACCCUUAGCUGCAUUGAAGAAAAACAUGAUGCAUUCUCACCUAAUUUAAACAGGAAUUAAAGACUAUUUGCAAAUAAUAUAAAAUGGACAUGUUGCCAAAUGGUAAAUGUGUAAAUUGAGCCAGGUUUUUGUAAAUUUAAAAAUGUUUGGUUCUCUUCAUGAUUGUACUAUUUGCAGAAGAAAUAUAGUAUUCAGUAAAACCGAGGCUUCCCCUGUGUUUUAAUGGGAGUUUGUGUUAGGGUUAACCCAACCCUAACCAUAACCAAACUGGGUAAAAGGUUAGUAAAUAGAUAAUGGUGUAUUUUUUAUCUCAUUGUCAAGACAUCAGUGUGCCUGAGUUCAGGAGGGACUCACUGUUUCUUCAAUGUGAAAUUUCAACUGAAAUACUGCAUGUGCUUUUCCUUUGGCAACAGUUAUUUGUAUGUCUAUGUGUUCAAACAAUGACUUUAAAUCAUCCUUAAUUUUCUCAUGUUUUAUGGGAGGUUAAAAGAUUCACAUCAUUUGUGUGUGAAUCAGUAAGAAUGAUAUUACAUUGUUAAAGACCCAAAGACCAUGCAGUAAAGGGUUGAAUUGGGAAUUUGUCCCGAUGAUGAACAACGGCAACUCCAUAAAUGUAACUCAACACACAAUUGUAAUGAUUUUUGACUCACAGGAAAAAUUUGCUGCGUUUACUGCCAUUUCCCUUUAACUUUAUGAAAAGGUAGAAACCUUCAAGUUCCAGUUUUGAGAGACUUUCUAUUUGUGAUACCCGUUUCUUGCUUUAUGACAUCAUUCAUGUUGUGACACCUGAGAGCAGAAGCUGAUUUGUCAACAGUUCAACGUGUCAAGAAAAGUGAAAUUCUGCUUUGUUUGGUCAGUGAUUGAUGGAACUUUACAUGUAAUGAAAUAAAAACAUUUUCAUACG